CCACCCCCGUAAAGGUGAACACUUGGAAUGGAAUCUAAUUCUAAACCAGCAGCUGAUACAGACAUCAAUGAUGGGAAGUAAAUUACCUCAGGGACAUCUCUUCUUAAGUCACAGGGUAGAAAAUAUGAUGAAACAAGACCAUCUUAUCUAUUUACAAGUAAUAAGGAUGGAGAACCUAAUAAGGGGAAGGAAUCCCCCACAAUAUCAGAGAAGUCCUUGUAAAGAAGUUCGUGCAGCACUUCGGAAAAGGCCUGAAGAAGAGUUGCAGUGCCUGGAGAUGACCACCAAGCGGAAAAUCAUCGGCCGACUGGUGCCGUGCCGAUGUUUCCGAGGUGAAGAAGAAAUCAUCUCAGUUUUAGACUACUCCCACUGCAGUCUUCAGCAGGUGCCGAAGGAGGUCUUUAACUUCGAGCGGACAUUAGAGGAGCUUUAUCUAGAUGCCAAUCAAAUCGAAGAGCUACCCAAGCAAUUGUUCAACUGUCAAGCUCUAAGAAAACUAAGUAUUCCUGAUAAUGAUCUUUCAAAUCUGCCAACCACUAUUGCUAGUUUAGUUAAUCUUAAAGAACUCGACAUCAGUAAAAAUGGUGUACAAGAAUUUCCAGAAAACAUUAAGUGCUGUAAGUGUUUAACAAUUAUUGAAGCCAGUGUCAAUCCCAUUUCUAAACUCCCUGAUGGCUUCACGCAGCUUCUAAAUCUGACCCAGCUCUACCUGAAUGACGCCUUUCUUGAAUUUCUUCCAGCUAAUUUUGGAAGACUUGUCAAAUUGCGGAUCUUGGAGUUAAGAGAAAAUCAUUUGAAAACUCUACCAAAGUCAAUGCACAAACUGGCCCAGUUGGAAAGACUUGACCUAGGCAAUAAUGAAUUCAGUGAGCUGCCUGAAGUUCUGGAUCAAAUACAAAAUUUAAGGGAGCUGUGGAUGGAUAAUAAUGCAUUACAAGUGCUACCUGGGUCUAUAGGGAAGUUAAAGAUGUUGGUAUACCUGGAUAUGUCAAAAAACAGAAUAGAAACGGUUGACUUGGACAUUUCUGGAUGUGAAGCCCUUGAGGACCUCUUACUGUCAUCCAAUAUGUUGCAACAGUUGCCUGACUCUAUAGGACUGUUGAAAAAACUAACUACUCUAAAAGUAGAUGACAAUCAACUUACAAUGCUACCCAACACAAUCGGAAAUUUAUCUUUAUUGGAAGAAUUUGACUGCAGCUGUAAUGAACUGGAGUCUCUACCUUCUACUAUUGGCUACCUUCAUAGUCUUCGAACAUUAGCAGUCGAUGAGAAUUUCCUUCCAGAAUUACCCCGAGAAAUUGGAAGCUGUAAGAAUGUAACAGUUAUGUCUCUACGUUCCAAUAAACUGGAAUUUCUUCCUGAAGAGAUUGGACAGAUGCAGAAGCUAAGAGUCUUAAAUUUGAGUGACAACAGAUUGAAGAAUUUACCAUUCUCAUUUACCAAACUUAAAGAGCUUGCAGCUUUGUGGCUUUCUGACAAUCAGUCCAAAGCCCUUAUCCCUUUACAAACUGAAGCCCAUCCAGAAACAAAGCAAAGAGUAUUGACUAACUACAUGUUUCCCCAGCAACCUCGUGGUGAUGAAGAUUUCCAGUCAGACAGUGACAGCUUUAACCCUACCCUGUGGGAAGAGCAGAGACAACAACGCAUGACUGUUGCCUUUGAAUUUGAAGAAAAAAAGGAAGAUGACGAAAAUGCUGGGAAAGUUAAGGAUCACUCCUGCCAAGCCCCCUGGGAAAGGGGCCAGCGUGGGAUUACUCUCCAACCUGCCAGACUGUCUGGCGAUUGCUGCACACCAUGGGCCAGGUGUGAUCAGCAGAUCCAAGAUAUGCCCGUCCCCCAGAAUGACCCACAGCUGGCAUGGGGUUGUAUAAGUGGCCUCCAGCAGGAAAGGAGCAUGUGUACUCCAUUGCCAGUUGCAGCACAAUCCACCACUCUUCCCUCUCUAAGUGGCAGACAGGUUGAAAUAAACCUAAAACGAUAUCCAACUCCUUAUCCAGAGGAUUUAAAGAAUAUGGUAAAAUCUGUUCAAAAUCUGGUGGGUAAGCCAAGCCAUGGAGUGCGUGUUGAGAAUUCAAAUCCAACUGCUAACACGGAGCAAACUGUGAAAGAAAAAUAUGAACACAAGUGGCCUGUAGCCCCAAAGGAGAUUACAGUGGAGGAUUCUUUUGUUCAUCCAGCUAAUGAAAUGAGGAUUGGGGAACUUCACCCUUCAUUAGCUGAGACCCCUCUGUACCCACCCAAACUUGUUCUGCUAGGGAAGGACAAAAAAGAAUCAACUGAUGAGUCUGAAGUUGACAAAACUCACUGUCUGAAUAACAGUGUUUCCUCAGGCACUUACUCAGACUACUCACCUUCCCAGGCUUCCUCAGGAUCCUCUAACACCCGGGUUAAAGUGGGGUCCUUGCAGACAACAGCUAAAGAUGCAGUACAUAAUUCUUUAUGGGGUAACAGGAUUUCGCAAUCUUUCCCACAGCCUCUCGAUUCAAAGCCAUUACUCAGCCAGCGGGAGGCUGUUCCCCCAGGGAAUGUACCGCAGCGUCCAGACCGGCUGCCAAUGAGUGACGCCUUCACGGACAACUGGCCUGAUGGUUCACAUUAUGAUAACACAGGGUUUGUUGCAGAGGAGACCGCAGGCGAGAAUGCCAACAACAAUCCUCUCUUAAGUUCAAAAUCUAGAAGCACAUCUUCUCAUGGACGCAGGCCUUUGCUUAGGCAGGAUAGGAUUGUUGGUGUUCCCCUGGAACUCGAGCAGUCUACACACAGACACACACCAGAAACAGAAGUGCCUCCUUCCAAUCCCUGGCAGAAUUGGACCAGAACCCCUAGUCCUUUUGAAGACAGGACCGCUUUCCCUUCCAAAUUAGAGACAACCCCCACCACCAGCCCAUUGCCUGAAAGGAAAGAACAUAUAAAAGAAUCUGCUGAAAUACCUAGUCCUUUUUCUCCAGGAGUACCAUGGGAGUAUCACGAUUCCAAUCCCAACAGGAGUCUUAGCAAUGUCUUUUCUCAGAUCCACUGCCGCCCAGAAUCUUCUAAAGGUGUUAUUUCCAUUAGCAAAAGCACAGAGAGGCUUUCCCCACUCAUGAAAGAUAUCAAGUCCAAUAAAUUCAAAAAGUCCCAGAGUAUCGAUGAGAUUGACAUUGGUACGUACAAGGUGUAUAACAUACCGUUAGAAAACUAUGCUUCUGGGAGUGAUCACUUAGGAAGCCAUGAACGGCCAGAUAAAAUGUUGGGACCAGAGCAUGGUAUGUCCAGUAUGUCUCGAAGCCAGUCGGUCCCAAUGCUGGAUGACGAGAUGCUCACGUAUGGAAGUAGUAAAGGGCCACAGCAACAAAAAGCUUCCAUGACCAAAAAAGUCUAUCAGUUUGACCAAAGCUUCAAUCCCCAAGGAGCAGUGGAAGUUAAAGCCGAAAAGAGGAUACCGCCCCCGUUUCAACACAAUUCUGAGUACGUGCAACAGCCCGGCAAAAACAUCAGCAAGGAUUUGGUUAGUCCCAGAGCUUACAGAGGAUACCCACCGAUGGAGCAAAUGUUCUCAUUUUCUCAGCCAUCCGUUAAUGAGGAUGCUGUGGUGAAUGCCCAGUUCGCAAGCCAAGGUGCCAGGACGGGCUUCUUGAGAAGAGCCGACUCCCUGGCGAGCUCCACAGAGAUGGCCAUGUUUAGAAGGGUCAGUGAACCUCAUGAGCUGCCUCCGGGUGAUAGGUACGGCAGACCUCCGUAUAGGGGCGGUCUGGAUCGCCAAAGCAGCGUUUCAGUGACUGAGUCCCAGUUCCUGAAAAGGAAUGGCAGGUACGAAGAUGAACACCCUUCAUAUCAAGAAGUGAAAGCUCAGGCGGGAAGUUUUCCAGUUAAAAACCUUACGCAGAGGAGGCCAUUGUCUGCAAGAAGCUACAGUACAGAGAGUUACGGUGCCUCCCAAACCAGGCCAGUUUCAGCUAGGCCUACUAUGGCAGCUCUUUUGGAAAAACUGCCAUCUGACUAUAACUUGGGUAACUAUGGUGACAAGCCAUCAGAUAACAGUGAUAUAAAGCCGAGGCCCGCCCCUGUGAGGGGAGAGGAGAGCUGUGGGAAAAUGCCUGCAGACUGGAGACAGCAGCUGCUUAGACAUAUAGAAGCUAGAAGGUUAGACAGGAAUGCUGCUUACAAACACAACACAGUUAACCUUGGCAUGCUGCCCUAUGGAGGUAUUUCAGCAAUGCAUGCAGGCAGAAGCAUGACUUUAAACUUGCAGACUAAGUCUAAAUUUGAUCUACAAGAACUACCUCUUCAGAAAACCCCGUCCCAGCAAAGCAACAUUUUAGACAAUGGACAAGAAGAUGUAUCUCCUAGUGGCCAAUGGAAUCCUUAUCCUCUUGGGAGGCGGGAUGUACCUCCGGACACCAUUACUAAAAAGGCAGGCAGCCACAUCCAGACUCUGAUGGGGUCCCAAAGCCUUCAGCAUCGGAGCCGGGAACAGCAGGGAUAUGAGGGGAAUAUAAACAAAGUGACCAUCCAGCAAUUUCAGUCACCAUUGCCUAUUCAGAUCCCCUCUUCACAGGCCACCCGGGGACCUCAGCCUGGACGGUGCUUAAUUCAAACUAAAGGGCAAAGGAGUAUGGAUGGCUAUCCGGAGCAGUUUUGUGUGAGAAUAGAAAAGAAUCCUGGCCUUGGAUUUAGUAUCAGUGGUGGAAUUAGCGGACAAGGAAAUCCAUUUAAACCUUCUGACAAGGGUAUCUUUGUUACUAGGGUUCAGCCUGAUGGACCAGCAUCCAACCUGCUGCAGCCUGGUGAUAAGAUCCUUCAGGCAAAUGGACAUAGUUUUGUACAUAUGGAACAUGAAAAAGCUGUAUUACUACUGAAGAGUUUCCAGAACACAGUAGACCUAGUUAUUCAACUUUCUGAUGAGAAAUGUCUUUCAAGAGCCUAAUUUUCUUUGUCAAAAACUCACACCAAACCAUGGUACCACCAUUUCCGGCUGCUAUUAUAGGAUGAUCAUCAUUAAUCAAGAUGGAGGCCCCCACCAGCCUCACAAGAUCACUUAAAGGAAAAACAAACUCCCGGGUGUAGUUUGUUUGGCAGUGAAACAUCUCAACUCAUCCCAUCAGUUUUGUUUAAUCUUUUAUGGAAGAGGUGGAAGAAGAGCCAGAUAGAGGACCGCCCAAGUCUCUUUUCUUAUGUCAGGUUUCCACAUCAGACCCAGGGCUUCGGGAGAUGCUUCUGGGGCACAAAGCUAAAAGGAUCAUAGUAAACACCUCUUCCACUCCUGAUGUGAACAGUGUCCUGGCCCCGGGCUCUCAUCCUUCCUGUACUACAGGAAAUGAGAAAAGAAAAAGCGUUCCUGACCCACUGGAAAGAAAUCGGAUGUUUCAAAGCACCUCAUUGUCAAUUGUACUGCCGUGUUGCCUACUGAGAAAAGGCAGGUAAUAAUGAAAAGAGGCAUUUUUUUUAGACUGAUUGAAAAAAAUCACUAAUUACUUGAGAGGUUAAAAAAAAUCUAAUUUAUUCCAUAGGUGAUCCAAAUGAAAAAUACAUUAAUUUCUGAGUAUUGACUUUUGGAGUAACUGGUUUUGCUCCCUGAAAUUAGAAUCUGGUUUAUGUUAACCACCCCUCCCCACAAAAAAAAAAAAAAAAAAAGUUAAAAGUGUGCCUUUUUAAAAAAGAAAAUCAACGACAACAAAGGAGUGGAAUUCGUGAUUCCAAUAGACUCGCCUCUUGGUCUUUGAUUUUUAUUGAGCUCCUCCUACUGAGGAAGUUGCCUCAAUCUGGUGGAUUAGUAAGACACAAUGAAGGGGAAUGGGAAAGAUCAGGGUGGAAAGAACAAGCACUGAAAAGUAUUGGUAGAAUUCCUGCAGAUUUUGCAAAGCCAAAUAGAUGUUAAUGGACAAUUUUUAAAACUAUUGACAUGGCUUAAAAUACAUUGUCCACAGAAGUUCUCUUAUGAUAAUUCCCAGUUUCCAGACAAUAGAAGUCACCUUAACAAACAUAGUAAUUUCAAAAUAUAGGUGUACUUUUGACAAGGAAUAUUCAAAGUCAGUGUAACAUACUUAUAUUUACAUCAUGCUAAUUUAUUGCUCAUUGAAACCUAUAAAAUACAUGUGUCCCAGUUAAUUAAAACUGUUAGUUGCAUAAACAUCAAACAAUCUGAAUUGUUUCUGGGUCUUACAUUGGAUUAUCACUUUCAAGAUGAAAAGCAGUUUUAAAGAGAGGAUGACAAAUCAGCAUUAAUUUGUUUUUAAUCUUGAAGAUGACGGCACACAUAUUACUAAUGUAAUUGCUUAUUUAAAAAGUAGGACUGAGAUAUCUUUCAGCGGGCGAACUAAAGAGAUAGUAUACCCAGACAGAGGAAAAUGAAGAAAUUAGAUUUACACAUUCAAAUAUUAAGUGAAAAGUAUUUGAAUUUGCCAGAAUGAUUAGAUGAAGGGAGCAGGAAAACAUUUUAUUGUAAAUCAUCAAAUCAAAUAUCUCCACGAAAAUUUAAAUAUUUAGAAAACAUAGUGUGUUUGUCAACUUGUCUUUUCAUUGGCUUGUACUACUGUCCUCAGUCAUUGUCUGCCCCCUCAUUGGCACCCAGGUCAAGAAUGUCUAUUCUGAUGAAUCUGCUGUUAUCAAGAGGCAACAAUACAGUAUACCCAGAUAAAUAGACAUGCUGGUACAGGACUACCGCUCUAAGCCUUGGGUAAAUUCAGUCAGACAAUAUGUUUGACUGAUUCUUGAUAUACUGACCAAACAGUGGGUUUAUUAAAACACUGGGUCAGUAAAAAGUUAUGCAAAUAAUGAACUCCAGUAAGUUAAGAAGAUGGGUCCUUUAUCUCGUAUCAAGAAAAGCAGGGUCGAGUUCCCAGGAAAGUUCCUCUCACAGAAAUGCUAAAUCUUUCUGAGGCUCAAUAAAAUGUUCAAACACUGGGUUGGUGAUGUGCCCUGUCUUAUGGUUGUAGUGACCUGAUCAUCUGGGAAUAGGGGUCGGGGGGAAAUCUCCAGAUUUGAUAUCACCUGCAAGAACUUUUUUCCUUAGCAAUACAACUACUUUCCAUUAAGAAAAGCAUCUUGCCUUGGCCCAGAAUAUUGCCCCAUUGCUCAGUAAGACUGUUGCCCAGGUAUACAUGAUAGCAAGAAAACAGUAUGUGGGCUGGGGAAAAACAGACGUGCACUCUAGAAAGCACGUGGGUUACUAUUCUAGGAGAUCGUGGGUGUCAGUUCUCCUGUGCAUCCCUUCAGCUUCAUUUGAUCUAUUCAGAGAAUGUCUUUUCUGAACACCCCACUGUACAAAACUCAAAGCAGUUGAAGUCAAGUUGUGUAGCUAUAUUCUGAACUUUUGGGAGCGCCCCUUAGGGUUCUAAUUGUUUGGAGGCCCUUGAAUAUCUACUGAUGGUUCCAACUUCCGGUUUGGGAAGAACUUCCUUAGGUGACCAAGGAACUUGGAGUAGUAGCAUUAACCCAGGUGCAAAAGUGGGGCACUUAUGUCUCUGACAACAACAAACCAACCUUGUGUGCAAGGGUGAGGGUGGCAAUGCCUUAAUAGAACCAUGGUUCCACUUCUGUUUUUAAAAUGUUGAAUUUAGCCAUAUUGACGACUCUCUCUAAGCCUGUUAGCUGACUGUUACCGGGACAGUUUCCAAUCUUCCUCACCUUUGACACUAACUACAAGAAAAUGGUUUGGAAACACUCUCCGGUGAGGAUAUAAACUGCACAACUUCUACUUUGGAGAAUUCAGAGAUUUCUGAUGAAAAGUACACUCAACUUUUGAUUAAAAAGAACAGAUGAAAAUCUAGGAAUAUUGAAUUCCCCUGGACUCUUAACUAUGUGAUUAUCAUAAUCUUCCCUGAGAGCAGUUCUGGGGAAGUAAAGAGAGGAAAACUGAGGGGAGGGAAAUAAUUCACUGGUUGCAGCCUUAGAAGGUUUAGAAGCAUUACUCCGUCUGCUAGCGUUUCCCUAGGUGGAUUUUGCUGUAGGGCAGUCAGCUCAUACUUUGUAACAUCCCACUGAGCAUGAAGCAACAUAAGAAAUGGGUCUGGAUGUAAGACAGGCACCAAAGAGAAGGCUAUCUCUGCAGCUGUCCUGAUUAUCUCCCCAGAUUAUGCUCCAAAACACCUUUUUUUGGUCUAAUUUUGUUAAUAGCAGCACCUCAAAGAGUAGAAGAUUAUGAAAUCCAGGCAGUGUUUAUGUAGAAAGCACUGAAAUCCUGUGACUCUUCUUAGUCUGGUGUUGGAACCAGUGUAGGACUGACCCAAAGAAAAAGCCAUGAGUCAAACUUUCACAAAUAUUAUUUUCAAACCUAGCAUAAUUUUCAAUGUGUGUGGGAAUGAGUGUUGAGAAAAAGUUAAAUCAUCCCAUCUUUCUCUAGUUUGAAAAGUAUAUAUAUUUUUUUCUUAAAACGCUCACUGUUACACAAUUGUAUUAUUUGUGCCAGGUGUUUCUUUGUUUCUUUGCUUUUCCAUCUUUAAAAUAACAUGAGUAAGCAGCCUACAGUCAGGUCUCUCUGUACCUGGAGUAAAAUAUCCUACCACAGAGACUUUUAUUUUCAUCAGAAAACUCCGUAUUUCCUCCACAGGAAAACAAUUACUAUAGCUGAAUCUCAGAUGAUUAAGGUACGUCGUUCAAAAUUCAAAACAUUUGGGGGCAUUUUAUUGAAGAAUAUAAUGAAAACAGUAAGUGCAAUGUUUAUAAAUAUAAAUAUUUGUUGAGCAUCAACUAUAUACCAGGCUCUGCAAGGGAUAUAACAUGGUCUCCUCCGUACAGAGUCUCACAAGCAAGUGGGAAGAUGAGAGAGCUUCCAGAGAAAAAGACAGUACAAGGCAAUGUGGUGAGUCCCUUUGUCCCUGCCCUCAGCCCACGUAUUGCAAAAGGAAGUAGCAUCUUUAUCUAGACAAAUCUCUUCUGGGUCUGAGCGUGGCUUUCCAUUGGGAGCUAUAGGAGUUCUUCCUACUGGGUCUUAUGGCCUUUGGGAAGUCAUUAUCGAUGUUUACCAAGAUGUAGGGCAAUAUUUGAUAAGAUAGAAGUGGCAAGAGUAGAGACUUCCUGGACAAGAUAAGUAGCAACCACAGUCCCUUGAAUCUGUGGAAGAGAUUUUUGCCAGUUGGUUUGUUUUAAAGAAGAGAGAGAAUAUAAUGAAAAAUGGUGCUUCCACCUGGCCUGGCACUGUGUCUAUAUGCCCCUGACAUGUUGGGGGAUAGAGAUGGAAGGCAGUACUUUAAAAGGCAUGGGCUGUUGAACUGAAGAGGUUCUUCUGUGUUGCGUCCCCAAAGGGUUGCUCCUAUGACCACUACGGUCUCUUAUAAGACUAUCGGUCUCUAUAGACUAUACAGUCUCUUAUAGACUAUCAGGGAGCAUGGGAGUCCUCAAGAUCCAGUAUUAGAAUGAGGCACUCAGAAAUGCAAUGAGCUGAAUAUUCAUUCAGCCUGCUCCAUUUCCUGUUUAUUUACUUCACUUCCUUCAGUGAGGUGAAGGACAUUUACACUGCAUGCUGUUCAUCCCAUCCCACGUAUAUACUGUUUGCAUGAGGUUGGAUCAUACAUAUUUACAUAUCAUAGAUACCUCUUUAUUCUUCCAAAGAAAGCUUGAUUCCUCUGAAUCUGGGAAUUGCUUAUUUUUUCUUCAUCCUAUUUGUACAUAAUCGGUGCUUUCGACACCUAGAAAUCCUUAACUUUCCCUGAGUUUUUCAACCUCAGCUUUUACCCACACUAGUCCCUCCACUGUAAUGUCUUCUUCUCCCCAUUCCCUUCCUAAAUUAUCAAAAUUAGAUGCAGCCUUCAGAGUCCAGCUCAAGCAUCACCACCACCAUAAAAGUUUUCCUAAUCUUAACUGGAAGAAAUUUCUCUUAUGAUAAUACAGUCAUAUUAAUGUUUGGUAUUUUUUAUAGUACUUAUCACAUUCCACCUAAGGUCAUAGCUAUUUGGUAAUCUGUGCUUUCUCUCCUCUAAACUGUACACUCCUUGACAGGGUCAGACAAUACCUCAAAGAGGCAUUCUAGACAGAAGAGCUUCCAGAGGGCACAUCUGGUUUUGCUCACCAUGUAUCAUUAGUUCCUGUCGUAGUAGGUGCUCAAUAGAUGUUUAUACAAUGAUUUAAUGGAUGACGGGCCUGGCACAUGAACACAAUAAAUAUUGACUCAAAUGGGAAGUUGGUGUCCAGUUUGCACAAUCUUAAACCAUAGACUUCUCACUUUCUUGGUUCAUUCACCAUGCCUGUUUUUUCUUUUCUUUUCUUUUCUUUUUUUUAAUUCUCCCUUUUAAUCUAAUUCUCCUUCUCUCCUCAGUAUUUCUUCUAAGACCUUUGAGGUUCCUCUGCUGUGCGUCAGCAGUUGUUUAAUUUCUCUUUUAUGUUCUAAGGACCUUAACACUAUCCAAAAAGUUUAAGAAGUGGCUUUUGUUCAUUGAAUUGGAAUACGUAACAUCUAUCCUUUUGAUUUGUUUGGGUUUUAUUUCUCAUCUUGGAAGAAGUCAUGCAUAUAGAUUUCAGAAAUAUUUCAGAGAAAUGAAUGCAUGAGUUUGAACAUACAGAGCCAUGGUUUUGGCCUUAAAGGCAUCAUAGAGAUAAUCAAACUCAGUUCCCUCAUUUUAUCAGAGGCCCAAGGCCUAGAGAGGUGAUAUGACUCUGUGAAUUGAGAAGACAAAAGUGCAUAGUUGGAUCUAGUUUUAGACCCCUUUUAGGGCUCUUCUUCGUGUAUAUAUUGUGACUUGGUAGAUUACUUUGCGCAAGCUAUUUUUAAAAUUUGGAGGCAUGAGGAAUGGUUAAGAGAGUUGGGUUGGGAAUGGGGUUAGGGAAAGGUAGUUGGGAAGAGGGAGUCCCCACCCUAUUUUAGCUCUAAAAUUUAAUGAAAAUUCUGCUUCAUGCUGCCUGUUCUAGAAUAAAAAAGAGUCUGUCCAUAGGCCUUUAGCCAUAGCUCAGUUUGACAAGGUUUACACAUUGCAUUUUGGCAUCUUUUCAUGGACAGAUUCUACCACCUGUAUCCCUAAAGUGAACAAGUCAUAUACUCCAGCCAAAUUUAUCAAGAAAAGCUGCAGAAGCUAUAGUAUUAACAUGAUGACUAGACAGGUCACAGAAAGUCUGGGUUACUUGAUAAAACCACAUGCCCCCUGCCAAAUUUUUAUAGAGGUCAGAAUCUGGUCUGUUGAUAUCACAGUAGAGAGAAAGCUAUUUAUACUGCCAUUAGCAAUAACUUCAUUAGAUACUUCCAUUAUAGGGGCGAAAAGAGUGGAAUCUAGGCCCUGAAAAGAAAAACAGUGUCUAAGAGGGGAAAGCCCUGGGUUGGUACGCUCCUAACCACAGUUCCUUUAUCACCUCAUAGGAUCUUGAUUUCCUUGCAAGUGAAGCAUUUCUUUCUUAGCUUUCUCUCAGAAAUAUUUCCCAUAUUUUUCUAUUUGAGUUGCAAAGCACAUUGACUACAGAAUUUAGUGAAAUAUUGCCAAAGUUAAAUCCAUUUCUCAUCUACUAUUUUGCUUAUACAAAUAAUAUUAAUUACUCCAUCUGCCUCUGUCUUUUCAUUUCUUUGUAUGAGGGGAACUUGCUAUCUCCUUACAUGAAGAGAACUUGCCAGAAAAUCUUUUCAGGAUUUUUUAAAUUCUAGGAGCCAAAAGUAUACAUUGAAGGAAACUUUUAUCAUCAUUUUCCUUAAGAGUAUGGUCCCUCAACUCUCCAGAGGUCUACACUUUGGUCUUAUAGCCCAGUGUUUAUAUAUUUACAGAGGAAGAGAACACCAAUGUCUGCUUGAACCAAUUGAAGUGAAAAAUGAAAAGUAAAUUAUUAGUUGAAAGAGUAACAUUUUAGAGUAGUAAGACUAUUUCAGAAUAGUAAGAGUACUUUAUUUUAAGUAAGAGUGUUUUAGAAUAAUAAGAGUGAGAGCAGACUUGAGGGCUGGAUGAAGGAGAGAAAUCUGUAAGUUAUUAGAGAAGAACGAAAAAGGGAAAAGAAGGGAGAUAGAAGACUGACAGAGAAGAACAGAGAGUAAUUGGAUGACAGAAAUCAGGCUCCGAUUCAGACACACCCUCCAAUCUGUUGGUGACCACACUCCUUCGGACAGCGCAGAACUCCCUUCCUCUCUCCUGGCUGAAAGAGUGAUCUUGCAGCUCUCCUUGGCUACUGGCCUCACUCCUACUCUUCUAGAAGUAGAAAGAAUUCAAAAUAAAAAAUAAGACAUAUAGUAGCAUUAUAUUUCAUUUCAUUGCUAUUUAUUUCCAGAAACUACUUUCAUAAUGUAGUGGAUAAUUUUUUAGACGCGCAACUUCACAGUAUAAGGAAAAUCACCAAAAGUUAUCUCACUAAAAAAAAAAUAAUAACAGGGCAGUUUUCUGAAACAAAGGCUAAUAUCAAACAAGAUAGCCAUAGGUAAAUUCUGGGGGGAAAUGAGGAAAGUUAUUGCUCUGUCAUAAGAUAGAAAAGGACCUUGAGAGGAUCUGGUUCAUCUGUCUACCUCCUGGAAAGAAUUAAUGCUAUUUUUAAUUUCCUUCAGAGAAGAGGCUGCCACUUAACUCAGUAACCCACCCUGAUAAAGCAACAAAACAUGUGUUUCAUCCCAAUAAGAUCCUCCAUUUAAAUUGCUGGGCUUAAAUCAGAUACCUGCUAUCCUCAUCUAGUUGGAGCCACGUACUUUUUAGGAGCAUAUCUGCAGUUAGGAAGAGCUGCCACUAGAUGGAGCCCUUAUAUCUAUAUUUUAUAUCCCUGUCUUGGCAAUUCUCUAGCUUGGACGACCACACACGCUGGACAGUCCAUUCUCAUACCCGUUGUGCUGAUGUAACUGUGAAUAAGUAACUGUUAAUAAACUGUUGAUAAAACUGUUAACACCCAUUUCUAUACUCUUUUGAGAUAAUUAAUUUGAAAUGCUUUAAACAAUAUAAGAAAACAAAUUAAGAGCUUUGAGCUUAUUUUAAGUAGUUUCUAUAAUUUUGGACUAAACCUCUCUGGUUGAAUCCCCCAAUCAUAGGGGGAGAGAAAGAGAGAGAGAAAGAGAGAGAGACUGCUCUCUCUCUAAGCCUUGGUGAAUGUGUGAUUUAGUUUUCAUAUUCCCACCUGUUCAGGCUAAUUAUUAUAUCUGCCAUUUUAAUAGUUCUCUAGUUUGCUUGUGAUUUCCAAAUAUUUUGUGCCUAUCUGCCAUUAUUUUAACUAAGCUUCCUUCAGAUAUGCUAAUUCCAAAUAUGUAGAAAGAUAUUUGCUACACAUUAUUUACAAUACAUAUUUUUAUGUAUGACCUCUCUAAAAUUUAAACAUUGGGAUUUAAAUGUGCCUAGCACAGGCUUCCUUACAUAAUUCUACUAGUCCAGUCUGAAUAUGUGUGUAUGUGUGUGUGGCUUUAUUUCCAGCUGACAUCUGACAAUGAUAGGCAUCUAAUAUCGACUCCUAAUUUUUCAUUUUAACUAUGUAAUUAGCACAAUAUAUUUUACCUAAUUAUAAACUACAUAAGGAAUGUAUUUCAAAAGAUACCUCAUAAAGUGAUAAUCAGAUUCAAAGGGUAGUAUAAAACCUUCCCCUCCCCCCUUCUUCCAGGCAGAAUGUCUGGGUACUGAAGGUAGAGAGCCUCUGGCAGUUUGGGUGACAUGUGUCCUCAAGCUAUUUUGGUUCUUAGGUAUUUGGGACUGCAUGGCCUCUGAUGGUUGGAUCAUAGUUUUAAAAGCCGAAUGUUACUAUUUACCUCUUCUAAGCUAAUUAUACCCUCACCCUCACAGCUUAGCCAGCACCCUUGUUUGGGACUCUCCUUUGUUAAUUCCAUCAAAGCCCUACUUAUUUGUGGGUUCAUGGUGUUUCUCUUCCAACCAUUUAAUCUUUCCUUCUUCCAACUGUAAGCAAAAAUAGAAGGAAAACAUGUUCUUUCCUGAAGUCUAUGUGAAACUACUUAAAUCCUCUGGUGUUUUCCUGCAAAGGAAACCAUUUCCUUCUGGCCCCACGAUCAGGAACCACGAAUAUAGUGUGCUGUUUUUUAGGAAAUUCAUUUAACCUUCUUUGGGGAUUGGCCUUUGAACAUAAUUCUUCAGCCAUACUUGUGGUGUCAUUCAACUAGCAAUAAGUAUUUUGCACUUGAUAGAAUCACACAGUCUUGUUAUGAUCAAGACAGAUUUCUCUAGCAGGUCAUCCCUAUGAUAUAUAUGUUCUUUAUAAAAACAUGAAAGUUUCUGGCAAACAUUACAAAUAUAGGUUUGUGACCAUUUCCCAGAGAAAUUCAAACUUGGGACUCUGUCUCUCAAACACAUACACACACACACAAGCACGUCAGUCACCUUUUUUUUAAGGUUUUCACGUAUUUCUGAAAAAUGAUAGUUACUAUCCCUGUGACCUAGGGACCUAGAUCAUAAACUACUCGAAGUUAAAAUACUAUACGUUCUUCUUUUCUUUUUUAAACUUUCCAUAAAAACCUCCAGCAUGUUCACCUACACCCCCACGAUAAGAUACCCAUAUUUAGAGGACUCAUCCAGGCCUGUGCAAGGCUGGAAUAGAUCUAGCUUACAGAGCUGUUUAAGCACUCUCUCCUAGGCCUCCCUUGGGAGCAUCCUGAGAUCUGCUCUCUAGCCAAUCUGUGUGCUCAUCCUUUUUAAAAAGUUAUCAGUAAUUAAAACAAUUUGUCUUGCUGUACCAUUCAAUUUAAUAAAAAAGUAUUAAUGAGCAAACGAGUUUGAGAACAGUGGGAGCUAUAAAUAAGCCAUGGUCCCCCCUCUCAAGAAACAUAGUGUAGUGAGGAGACAGACACAGAAAGUCUAAAAAAUGCUGUUUCCUUUCAGCUUUAUUAUUUUUUUUAAAGAUUUAUUUAUUUAUUUUAGA